CAGGCGGUGUCUCCGCGGAGAAGGCGCUCAGCGGCGCGGCGUCCGAGGCGGAGGGAGGCGGCGGCGGCGGCGGCGGCCGGGGCCCCGGGAGCCGAGCCCGAGGUGAACGGCGGAGUAGUGCUUCGUCGCAUCCGGGAGGCCGGAUCAUGGUUGGGAGGAAGGUCACUGUUGGAACAACCCUGAAAGGGACAAGAGAUGACCACGCCAUUUUUUCUCAACAGGGAGGACCUGCUUAUCUCUGAUUUCUGGAACUCAGCACUAGAAACCAUCAUCAAAUGUCUCCGGAAAUACCUGAAACAACUGAAGGCCCCUGCGGGGACUCUCUCGGAAGCCCUUGGAAACCUGUAUCUGGACUCAUCACCAGGUGAGUCGGAUGUGGCCGCUGGCUCCCCCCAAGAAGAGACCCUGGUCACAGGAAGCUGCCAUCUGAAGUGCGUGUGUUACGGCCUUGGGAACUUUGCCACCUGCGUCAUAGCUAGGAACCAGCUAGCGUUUUUGCUUCUCCUCCUGGAGAAGUGUCAGAUUCCCAGAAGUCACUGCUGGGUGUAUGACCCUCUGUUCAGCCAGCUCGAAAUUGCAGUUCUGAACACCCUGGGUGUGACUGUGCUCAGUGAGAAUGAGGAAGGGAAACGCAGUGUGCGCGGCGAGCCCACCGUCUUCUACAUGCCGCACUGCGGGACGGCGCUGUACAACAACCUCUUGUGGAGGAACUGGUCGGCGGAUGCCCUUUCCAAGAUGGUUGUCAUCGGGAACAGCUUCAGAGGACUUGAGGAAAGAUUGUUGACAAGGAUUCUGCAGAAACAUUAUCCCUACAUUGCAAAGGUUUUAAAAGGACUGGAGGAGCUUGAGUUUCCUCAGACUUCACAGUACAUGGACAUAUUUAAUGACACCGCCGUCCACUGGUUUCCUGUACAGAAGCUAGUACAACUCCCCACGGACACCUGGGCUUCUCGGGAAGAACCAGAUUACCAGGACUGUGAGGAUCUCGAAAUCAUCAGGAACAAGACAGGAGGGCCUUGAGCCUCAGCUCUGGGCCAGGACUUCCAAAAUGGAAUCCCUACUCACCAACAUUGGAGGACACGGCCCUGUUCAUGAUGUCAAGUGCUUCAUUAAAUUUGUCCUUGACUGAUGGGUGUGCCAGCACUUGGUCUGAAAACAUGGACUUCCAACCCAAGUACCACUUGGUGAUCUCCUCGUAAUUCGGGCUGUUACUGAGCCAGGAGCACAGCACCUGCCACAAAGGAACAAGUAAGACUCUUGCAUCCACAGUGGCUGCAAAUGGGAGCAAAAUUUCCGAAGGGGCCAUUCCUUUUGUUUGGGUCCUGGUGACACGGGUUUGGUAGCCAAAUACUCUUGCCUGUAAGCUCAGCCUACACUGUUGGGAAAGCACAGUCCCCAGCCCAGGGGGCUGCUGUGAGGAGGGAAGAGAAUGCGAAGUGCUCAGGACAGCGCGUGGCAAACCUUCAGUAAGUGGUGGCGGCUGUUCCUGCUGCAGUCACUCCUGCUCCACUGUGUAUGUAUGUUCCUUAGUGACUACGGCGCUCCCACCGACGGUUAUCCAAGGAGGGAGUGCCCACGGUCAGACCCGUGCCCCCAGCACCGUAAACGAAGCGUACCUGAAGCCACUUGGGGAAGAAGUGCUUUUCCAGAAGCCCCACCAGGCUGGAGACAGAGAUCAUCCCUUCCCAGUCGAUAACCCAAUAAAAGGCAUCCAUGUGCUGCUGGUGGGGGUUGAUGACUAGCUCCCCAAGGCACAUCCCUGGAAGAGAAACCCAGUCCAUAUAAGGCAAAGCCACAGAAGCACAAAGAGCAACGUCCUCAGGGGACAAUGUCAGCCCUUGAUCUGCUUUUAGAGAACAAUUUUAAGCUCUUGCUAGAUUGUUUUCUUAGUGGGGAGGGGAUGGCUCAGUGGUAGAGUGCAUGCUUAGCAUGCACGAGGUCCUGGGUUAUUCCCCAGUACCUCCAUGUAAAUAACCCCCCCAAAAAAUAAAAUUAAAAAAAUCAUUUAACCCAGAGUUAAUUCUGUGUUUAGAAUAGAUUCUAUAUAUACACCACAAAAAUUUCAGAAGACUUGUGGCUAUAUCACUACCAGCAGCCCCAUCUGGGCCAGUCAGGAGACAUGCUGAGCAUGAAGGACCACAGAAGGGACCCUGGUUCCAUUUAUAUUCAGCCUCUGCACAAAACGGCAUCCCUUCUACGCUGAGAAACAUCAUGAGCUCGAAGGCCAUGUUUUAAGAAGCAUGGUGAUUACUGCCGGCCUCAGAAACCAGAGCACCAGAGUGGCAGGCUUGGAUGUGUCUCCCCGCCUCCUUACCCAGCUUGGGCACUAUGUUCUUGACCAUGAAUGCUUCCCAGGAGCCAGGGGUGAAGACGUCUUUCCAGGGCUGGAGGAUGAGCUUGGCUGAGGAGUCGCUGGGAUGCCACUUCUGCAGGGCGCUGGACAGCUUGCUGCGGAUGGGGGAGUACAGCGGCUCCAGGCGCGCUUGCAUGAGCGGGAGCCACGGGUGGAUCCAGGAGUGGAUGGGAACGGUGUCUGUCAGCGGGUUCCAGUUCUCCACCUGCGGGUGGGGCAGGGUCACACGAUGCCCUGCUCCCCUGGCCGCGGUCUACAGCCCUUUGCACAUGUCCGGGACACAGUCUCCAUUUUAUGGAGGGACCCGUUUGGUACAGAGAGGCGACCAAGGUGCUCUGUAGGCAAGAUCUUGCACUACGUUUCCCCAAACGGGGAAACUGACCCACAAACAAAUACACCUGUGCAAUCGUAUUACAUCUCAGACAUGGCACAAUCCUAAUUUCAUUCAAGAAACCGAGUAAAUGAAUUCCCUGCUAAGGGGGGGUUGGGGGAAAGUGCUGAGCAACGGGCUAGAGUUAACAUUACAGAACACUGUUAAUUCCGGCGUUUUAACAGCACAGAGAGAAGCACUGAACAAGCCCCCAAGUUUCCCACGGCUGCCCUACCUCCUUCUGCAGCUUGGGGAAGAUGAGCUGGUCCAAUAUAUUGUCUAAGAUCCACACGGGAAUAAUGUGCACCCAGCUAUCCAAGAAGUCCACCAUCGGGUCACAGUUCCUCGGCUGCCACUGAGUGACGAUACUUCGGACAAAAGGCAUCCAGACUUCCCAUAUCAGCCUGUGCGAGAGGCGGGGCGGCGGGCUGCACGGACACGCGGGACCCACCGCCCACCUCCAGAGCAGUAAGCAGGAACAAGGCGGUGGCACAGCGACCCGGCCACAGCCAACGGAGCAGCCCAUGGGGCGGCCUGACGUGUGCCUGCCCCUCCCCGCUCCGGGCCGCCCACACCAUUCCAGGCCGUCUCCUCGGUAGGACCAGCCUCUCUGGCUGGGCUGCUGCCGGGUCACCAGGGCCCCUCCAGAUGCCACGUGCUUCCCUGCCUGGAGUGCGCUCUGCACAGCUGAUGCCCCUCACGCUUUCACAGCUGAAACGUCACCUCCUCUGAGAGACCUCCACCUCGAUUCCACCCCCGCCGACCCCACCCGUGUGUGCACCCUCUUCACUCUCCCUGGCUGCACUCAGUCUGCAGCCGGGUUUACCCGUCCGCUUUCUUGGUUACCACCUGCCUUUCCUACUUCCUGCAGACACGCGUCUGCUGUACCCCCGGGCCAGCCAGCACAGGCAGCAUCCUCCAGAUGCUCCACAAGUGCAGGGUGAACGAGCGUGACCCAAGUUCCCGGCGCAGCCCUGCUCGGACUACCUGUGAAAGGCGUCUGUGGAGAGGUCCUGCCCGCCGUGCGACAGGAGCUGGUCGUUCUCCAGGAGGCUCUUCCACUUGGAGAUGAUCUCAGUGCCGUAAGUACAGUCCUGAGGAGAAACAUGGCAGCUGAGAGCCCGUGGGCUAACGGCCCCAUGCCCUCCGGAGCCCCAGAGGAGAGGCGGGACGAGCACUCACCUUGAGGGGGUCCCACUCCUUGAAGUACUCCUUCAUGAGCGGGUAGACGAUGGCCACGGCCAGGUCCACGCGGUCGGACAUCCUGUACUCCUCGUAGUACUUGUCCUGCAGCGUCUCGAAGACGCGGGCGCACUCGUCCAGGGUCAGGGGGUUGCUGCAGUUGGGCUGCAGGCGCCGCUCGCACUCCUCCACCAUCUCCAGGACCCUGCUCAGGUUGGAGAUGACCCGCUCCUCGUGCUCCAGCACCUCCGACAUCUUCUCCAGCUCGUGGGACAGGUUGACCACCAUGUCCCGCUCGUACUGCAGCUGCCGGUCGUUCUGGAUGAUCUCCUGCUCCGUGAGGUCGAUGAGCAGCUGCAGGUUGUGCUCCAGCUCGGGCAGCGCGAAGCCGGGGGCCUUGGCGUCUUUGCCGGGCUGGGGCAGCGGCUGCGACUGCGGCGGGAGCCCGUCGUCGGGGAUGUUGUGCUUGUGGCUGAUCUGGCUGUAGCUGUAGUAGACCUUCUGCUCCCGGCCCGUCAUGUCUAUGACCUUGGGGAAGGCGGCAGAGGGGGCGCGGGUUAACGCUCGCCUCGGCACCCUAGCAGACGCACACCGCGGCCCGGGGGGAGCACCGUGUAAAAGCCCCACCACUCAGCAGAGCUGGAGGAAGGCGGUGCCUCUCCCCGUGGGGCCUGGGCUGCACGAGAUCAGAAGGGGCUCCGGGGACAGAACGAGCAGACACCGCAAGCAGCUCUGGGCUGGAUCCCCCAGGACAAACCAGAUGGAGCAGAUGUCUCAGGAAAACUAAAGCAAUCUGAAUAUGGACGAUUCAGUUGAGAUGAAAAUCUAUUUUCAUGGAAAUGUAGAGGCUGUACUGACCAGAGCAGGUAGUAAAACAUGUAUAAUCACAACAUCCAGUGUUGGUUAAAAAAAAACACACACAUAUUUAGACAAAGAUCUGGAAGGACGGACAUCAUGGGUGUUAAGACUGGUCAUUUAUGGGGAGGAAAGCAGUAUUUGUAAUAUUUUUGCCUCUGCAUUCCCUAAUUGUCUAAAAUGUACUGCAUACAUCAGUACAGCUGUUUAAACUUAAUUUAAAAUUAAACAACUCUUUUUCAAUUUAAAAACAGCAUGAAACAUACAAAACCCACAAAGACAACCAGGAAAUGAGCUAAUUUCACAUCGACCAUCACUUUUCAAGAGAGUGAGCCAUGAAACAGCUGCAUUAGAAUCUCCUGGGUCACAGUCCGCAUGAGUCCUCAGGCCCAGUCCAGGUCUCCUGACCCAAAAUCUCCAGCUGUGACCUAGACAUCUGCAUUUCCUCCCAGGUCCCCAAAUAAUCUGAUACACAACACCCUGGCCUUUGAGAACACCACUCAAGACUGAGUUCUAUCUCACUCACACACACACACACAGAAGCUCCUACACUGAACUACGACAGACACUGUCACCCUCGUUCUCUGGCUGCUUGGGACAGUAAUGGAAAACCUCAAAGACUGUACCCAUAACAGUGGUUGAAAAUCUAAUCAUCUUAAAUUCAGUGUUGCCACACCCUGUAUUCAGCGAGUGAGGACAACCUUCCCACGAUUUAAGAGCCUUAAAGGCCCCCCUGUUCUUUCACCUGGUGACCGUGCCUCUAGGACUCUAUCCUCCGCAAAUGUCUAAGACAAACACAAGGCUUUACACAGACCAACCUGCUCCAAACUCAAACCAAACCAGAAAUAGUCAAGGUCUAGCAACAGAAUAACAGGGACAGAAUUAAAUUCCCAGACAGCUGGGAACACUGUUGGUUUCCCCGCUCCAGUGCCCCGAGGAGCGCCUGGCGCAGGGUGGGGCCGACGAGACUGGCCGUGCAGGCGGUAAGUGGCCACAGGCCACUACUGCACCAGAAAAACAGGACAAAGAAAGAUCCUAGAUGGCAGGCACGCAGGGAACUUAUGAGCAAGUGUUCGGUGAUUGACUGGUGUGUGGGUAACUUUCUGUACGUCUUCCAAGCCCUCAGCCUGGACCGGGCGUCCCGGGCCCCAUACCUUGACCUGAGAAAGUUCCUUCUGGGGAGCGGUGAGCUUCUUGCUAAUUCUGCCCUUGGCCUUCAGCUCCUCCACUGUCUUGUAAGAGUACUUGGGCUUCUUCUUGCUUCCGCUGGGGUCCUUCCUCCACUGACUCAGCUCCUUCUGAAAUUCCUGAAUCAGAGGGAUAUGGUGCAUCACAACAAGAAAGGCUACUUUUUUCAGCAGGUGGGGCUCCUGAGACCGUGACAGACACUCAGUAGCCACUGAGACGUUCACAGGGCUCUGUGCUAAGCCCUGUGCCUGUGCAGCACUAAGACCAUUGGGUGACGCUGCCUGACGCCCUGCCCUCCCCAUCUCACAAAUACUGAGGCUCAGGCCCCGUCCCCACACACCAAGCCCUGUCUUCUCCCUCUGCUUCCUGGCACUGCUGCUCUCCUCGCUGCACUGUGGUGGUUCACUGCGUGCCUGUCCCCCAGGCUCUGAGCCUGCGCGCUGUGGACCACCAGCCUCUGGCACGGCAUCUCACACACAGUGUGCAGUCAGCCCACGAAUGAACGAACACACCCAUGAAUGAGACAGUCGAGGGCAGACAGCAGCGCCCCAUCUCCGGGCUCUCACCUCUUCAGCUUCUUCUUCCGAGUCAACCACGGGGAAGUCCUGCAGGGACUGAGUCGUGCGCUCCGAGCCAUACGCCCCCACCGCGCCUUUCCCCUUUCUCUGCUUGGCUUCGAUUGGGUUAAUGAUGCCUGACCAAUUUCAGCAACAGAGAAAGGGACAUCAGAUCACAGCAGUUCUUCCAUGUGAAUGAGCUACGCAGGGAGACUGACCACACUUCCUCGGUCCUCACACAAAAUACCGGGUGGCCCGGGAAGGAGAGCUCUCCUCCACCCUCGCAACGCUGUUCCGCUCCCGUGUGACCUGAAGCUUCUGAGGGUCUAUUCUGCCACAGAACCGUGUGCUGCCACCAGGUCACAUGUCCUCAAUACACAUUUCCAUUUCCCCUUGGAGUCAUUUUUUUGGUGGACAGUAAUAUUCAUUUAUAACUGGGAACUCUGCAUACUAGGGUCUAUGCUUUGCUCAUUUGGAAGCCUAUUAAUAUGGAAAAUGCAGGAAUUCAGAUACUGUAUUGAGUCUGACCGAAGUGAGGUAAAGCUGCCAUUUAACAUGAAAUUCCAUCUGUUUUACUUAGUAGUUCAUGUCUCCUAUGCUUUACUUGUUUUAUAACAUGGUUAAGCCUUGGAAAUAAAUGUUUUUCCUGUUAGAGAGUUUACCAACA